GUGAUUGGGCCAACAGAGGGCGACAUCAAAUCCACAGGUCUCUACGGUGCUUUCACGUGCUCCUCGUAAAUUCGGGCUUCAGAGAAAAAGAAGCAACACAGUUGAAUAAAGAAGUAGAUGAAUAAAACUGCACAAGGCAAGACUUGAAUGCAGCAGCCAGCCCAGCUGCGAGUAUGUUGUAUGGGUUUGUUCUACAUGUUAUUGGGGCGGAGAGCUGGAAAGUUCAUACUGUUUUUGUGCAGCUGCUCACCAAGGUGGUCACAACAAGUUGCUUUUAAACGACCUGGCAGAGUAUGCCUUCCAGGAAGAGUGCAAGUGCUUCAAGCAGCUUCUGGAUGAAGUGCCAUCUGGUGGUUCUCUCCUCUUUGUGUUGUUUGAUAUCUGGAUACUCUGAGAGAGAUAGAGUACAUGACUUGAUGUCCAGAUAUCCUCUUAUUGAUGGUCACAAUGACCUAGCUCUCCAGCUGAGGAUACUUCACAACAAUCAACUGAGCAAAAUUGACCUUCAUAAUGUUAGCAAAGUGGCCACCGACAUCACCCGUCUCCAAGCAGGCAAAGUACAGGCACAGAUGUUUGCGGUCUAUGUGAUGUGUGGGGCCCAGGAGAAGGAUGCUGUGAGGCUGACUCUGGAACAAAUAGAUGUGGUCAGACGCAUGUGCACUGAGUACAAGGACUUUGAGCUGGUCACAUCUGCCCACGAGCUGAAGAACUCUGAGAUGAGGCAUAAGAUCGCCUGUCUAAUAAGUAUUGAAGGGGGCCACUCCAUCGACAGCAGCCUGCCAGCCCUGCGGAUGUUUUACCAGCUCGGGGUCCGCUCCAUGUCCCUCACACAUACCUGCAAUACACCCUGGGCUGAAUCAUCCUCAAAACUGUAUAAUGUCUAUCAGAGACAGAACAACAGCCUGACACGCUUUGGAAAGGCCGUGGUGGAGGAGAUGAACAGACUGGGGAUGAUCGUGGAUCUCUCCCACUCUUCUUGGGAUACCGCCUCGGCCGCGCUGAAGCAUUCCAAGGCUCCCGUUAUUUUCAGCCAUUCAUCUUCCUUCUCCAUCUGCAACCACGGGCGCAACGUACCUGACUGGCUGCUGAAGGAUCUGAAAAAGAAACGGGGGUUGAUCAUGGUGAAUCUCCACAGCAAAUUCAUAUCCUGCAGGGAUGAAGCAAACAUCUCUCGUGUGGCUGACCAUUUUGAUCACAUUAAGAAGGUGAUCGGAGCUGAGUCGAUAGGAAUUGGAGGGGACUUUGAAGGUGCUGUGAGCUUUCCUAAGGGGUUAGAGGAUGUGUCAAAGUAUCCUGCCCUGAUCCAGGAACUCCUACAAAGGAACUGGACUGAGAAUGAGUUGGCUGAUGUCCUUCGAAAAAACUUCCUGCGAGUGUUCGAGGAGGUUGAGAGGGUCCGUGAUGACUUGACUUCGAAACAGCCCAGUGAGGUCCAGAUCUCUUUAGAGGAGGUGCAGAACCCGUGCAGGCUGGUCCUCAGACCUCCUGACCCAAGAGGGCCCUCUGAGCGUCCCUCCUCCAGAGCCCAACAUGAACCAAAAGGUCUGCUAAUCCUGGCCAUAGUUCUGCUGCUCUCCAGCCUAAUUAUGAUUGAAUGAAUAUUUAGAAACUCAGCUCAGCUACACCUAAAGUGCAUUUAAGUUUUAAUAUAACUAAGGAGAGCUUAAAGCUUGAAAGGUGCUAUAUAAAUAAAUUGUUAUUUAUGAGAUUGCUGUUGUAGGUCAUCCAAGCACUCUACAGGUCAGUAAAGAUAAGAAAAAAAAGUAUUCAAUGUGUAGCCCCAUUUAAGAGGUAAUUUAAAUGCCAACCUCUGGAUAUACAGUAUGCUAUACAUAUACAAAAUAUAAAUAAUAUAUACAAUAUACAGACCAUCAGUCCUCUGAGAGGCACUUUACCAUACGUUUUGGAAUUCAUUUAUUACAUAUUGAAUGUGUUGUACCUCUGCUGACAUCACCUCUAUGAAAACCUUAUUACAUGAAGGAGAAUAAUCAGUUUUUGAUCAAUAAAACUGCAGAGAUGGCACUUUCAA